GCAGUGAAAUACAUUUAAGCAACAGUUGAAGAGGAGUGUGGCUGAGCCUGGAGGUCGCCCUCAUUCAGCGGGUCGGUGAGACAUUCCAACCCGCUGGAGCGACGCCUUCCUCGGCCUAUGGGAGCGACUCUCCUCGCUGUCUUGCUCCCGGAGAAGGGAGGAGCUAUAACUACUAGGUCAACGUGACAUUUCCGCAUGGCAAUAAAAAUACAUUUCCGAAGACAACAAGGCAGAAGUAGCUCAUGUAAAUAUGUGGUGAACUACUUUCAGUUUUACAAAGUGCCCAAAGUUAUAACAUGUAGAUUCAGUCACAUGAUGCCAAAAGCCUGAGCAGCCACCAGCCGCCUGGUGCCGCCUCUUUUUCUUCUUCUUCUUCAAGGAAACUAACUCACUCCGGAUGAUUUUGAAAGCCAGGGAUUAUUGAGCUGAAAGAGGUGUAAACAUGCUGAAAUUGAAGCCAAAGUUUGACCUGCACAGAGAUGUGGUGUGUGACCUCCUGAGGAAGGAGGCGUCGGUCUGCAGGUUGACAGAAUACUCCGGAGCGGUGGACACUCGUAUCCUAAACAUUGAGAGAGAUGGGGGCAUCCUUUACUCCUGGAAGGGAGCAACAGGGACCACCAGGAUUGGGAAAUAUGAGUCCAACACCAAACAGAACAAGCUCCUGUACACAUUCGACAAGCAGGUGUGUGUCAGCAGCUGUUCCCUUAACAAGGAGGAGACGCUGUUAGCUGUCAGCUUGGCACAAAACACCAGAGGAGAGGAGCGCCUCAAACCAAUAUCCAAGUGUCUAACUCUCCUGAUUGAGAUCCAUCCCAUCAACAACACUAAAGUCCUCAAGGCAGUCGACUGCAGGGUCAAAGUGCAGUUCCUCCAUACAGAAACUGACAGGAGAUCAGUGCCGGAGAGCCACCUGCUGCUGCUGACUGAGGACGGAUAUGUGGAUCUCUACCAUGUUCUGGUGACAAGACAGGAGGGUUAUAGAGUGGUGAUGGCGAAUCCUGAGCGUUUGUCCAAAACGGUAGAGAGAAUAGUGGAGGACUUCAGCUGGGUCCAGUGGGACGGACACACGCAGAGAGUCUACUACGUGACACACACACAGGACAAGUUCCUGAUGCGAUGUGUUCAGUUUUACCCCUACCAUAACUGCGAAACUGUGUUGGAGCUCCCGUUAGAGUUGCCUGCUAAUCUUUUCCGCACAGUCAAGUUUGUAAAUCUAGGUUUUGACCAUUAUCACACGGAGAGACCAGAGCAGGAGCUCGUCAGGAUGAAAGUGUUCACAAACAGAAUAGGAAGCAUGUGUGUGUGCUACAGCCAACCUCUUAAAGACAGACAGGAACUGAUCUACACUGUGGUUUUAGUCAACAAAGACUGCAGAAAGACGUUCAGAGUGUCUCUGGGCAGCGACCAGAAAGACACGCAGCUCCAUCCGCUCUUCAUCCCGAUAGGUUACCACAUGCUGGUGUAUCUGCAGGACUGUUUCCUCCACUGUAUCAACACCAGGCAGCAGGAGAUGCUCUGUCACUCCCUCUUCCUCUCAGGUGUUGACGUGGACUUGGGCCUGCAGUGUCAGUGGGCUAACGUCACAGUGUUGCACUCAGAGGAAGAGUCCAGUGGGAGUCUGUUGGACCUGACCACCGGGAGGAUCCACACCGCUGAGCUCAGCCCUGCCUUCCUGCUGCACAUACUGCGACGAUCAGACACUCCUUCCAGGUGUCCCAGCAGUAAGACUGACCCUCAGCGCCUGGCCGCCCUCCACUGCCUGCUGGUUUACAUGGGAAACGACCCAAAGCUGGAGCUGAAGAUCAUUGAAUGGCUGUGUGACAACGUGAACGCCUUCGAGUCCUUCGAUCAGAUCCAGGAGUUCAUUCUUGCAUCUUUGUACAGAAUAAGCUAUGAGAAGUCUCUCAGCCUGGAUAAAGUCCUGCCUUACUCCUCUGUACUCGACAAGAAGGAGAUAAGAGCGUGUCUGUCGGAGGUCCCUGGUGUGCUGUGCACCACCGAGCUGCAUAUUGAACCCGUGUUCAAAGGCAAGGCCAGAAGUCUCGAGGGUUUCUGGUCGGAGCUGCAGUGGAACACAGACAGGACAAAAUACCUGGAUGAUGCUCCCAACCCCAGAUACAGAACCUCACACAUACAAGCCGAGUGGGAGAAACUGAGAUCCGAGAGGAGGCCAUCCAGCCACAGGGAUCACAUGGAGGAGAACACAAAGAAAGUUCUAUCAAUGGUGGACACCUGGUGUCUCGAUAAGAAGCUGGUGCCACUUUUCCAGGAGGAGGACAAUCAACAGAGGGCGCUCAUAGGCCUGACGGUCGACAAGCUUCGAGAGCAUCUCAACAGACACCUGCCUCGACUGGGGAAGAAGAAGAUUGACUCGCUGGUUGUCAACUACGUCGCCAAACUGCUGGAGCUCAUCAGACACAUGCUGGAGUCCGUCUGGCUGAAGUACAAACUCGGCCCUCGUGCUUUGUGCUUCGCACAUCAGGGCAGUCCAGCUGAGUGGUCCGUGUUUCACUUCAUGUUGCGCAUCCUGGAAGCCACGAGGGGUCUCUGUUUGCCCCUCCCACCUGGCUAUCACACCCUGUUAGCAGUGUUUGCAGUGCGUUGCCUCCCUCAUCACACCUUCCUACAGUACAUUGACCACGGCUUCCUGCAGCUCACUGAGACCUUUGUGUCUCGGCUCAUGACAGAUUUGGACAACGGUGAUGCCAACGAGAGACUGAAGUUCAGCAUACUGAAGAGACUCCCUGAGCCUAUGGAGCAGAGGAUCUACCAUAUGUGGGACCAUCCUGUCAGUUCAGCUUCCAUCUCCAGAGAUUAUACCAGGACGCUGCUGGAGAAGCACAACAAAAACAAGGGAUUUGCAUUCACUUGCAGAGACAAGCCAGGCUUCAGACCCGAGUUUCUGCCUCUUACCUACCUGGCAAAAAUGCUCUCUGAUAUAGAGGAACAAGCCCUGAACCCUUUCGAGGAGCAGGAGAACGUGGACGCCACGUUCGUGGAGGAGACGGCUCUGAAACAGACGCUAAUACUGCUGGGCUUUGAGGACAAAUGAAGGGACGGAUGGAUUGAGGGAGGAAAACGGAUGAGGGGGAAAAUGUGUCUGAGAGAACAGUCAUCAUUGUCUGGGCCUUGAGGAUAAGUGACGGAUGGAUGGAUGGAUGAUGGAGGCACGGAGGACGAGAAGUGAAAGAUGAAUGGAGAGAUUGAAAGGCGGAGAGCACGCUCAUAAACAAGCGCUCACCGUUUGAUGAAAGAUCAGGGCGGGGAUGGAAGGAUGGAUGGAUGGAGACGCCCGGAAAGGGAAGAUGGAGGAGGCAGAAUGGAAGAAAUAGUCACCCUGUUUUCUCACCCAGAACAGCACCAAAAAUGAUAACACAAUAGGGAACAUAGUUAGAUCCAAUUCAAUUUGGGGAAACAUUCUUUCCAAAUUUUUAUUGGAAAUCAAUAACUGCAGGCAGCUAUUUAUGUGAACGGCAGCAGCAACAAUUCUCUCCACAACUUCUCCCAUUUUCUCUCAUGCAAUUUAUGAACAUCGAUGUCAAAUACCACAAACAGCGUUUAUAAAUCAAAUACGCUUGUAACGCCGCUGCGCCCCAUCAACCUGAUUACAUGCUGACAGAAGCUUUGCGGACAGAGUGGCUCGAUAUGGUCAGUCAGUCAAUCUGAUAUUAACUCUGAGUUAUACACACUCUUUACAGCUGAAAGGGGCUCAGUAUAACUCAGACUUAAAAGCUUUUAAAUGA